AUGCACAUUGACCUUACAUUUACACUAGAGCUUGUGGAGGAGCUAGGCCGACUUAAAUUGGCGAAUGCGCUUGCAGAAGCAGUUGACAUUGAUACACAGGCCCCAGUUCGUGGCGGGCAAUGUGGUGGGUCUCGUGGGGGUGGACAUCGUGGAGGUGGUCAAGCUGGUCGCAGCCGUACGAACGAGUCGGCUCCCAUCUACGAGGAAGGUAAUGAGGAGGUUGUAGAAGAGGCAUGGCUUGGCACUGAUUGGGGCACUGUUCCAGCCCACACUACAUCCUAUGGUGCUAGCACGGACUUUGAGGGCCCUCCUCGUAUGUCGCCCCCAGUUUUCAGUGGAUCUGCCCAUGAUGGUGGAUGCAUAUUUGUCCCCACACCAGGCAUGCCCACCCCACCUCUAGUGCAUGUGGACCCCACCAUGUCAGCUCCAUCUCAAACCGCCCACGGAGAGGCUGUACAGAUUGAGCAGAUACCAGCUGAGGACAUUGAGCCGGUGGAGGCUUUGCGGAGAUCGCGACGCCCGCGUGCGCAUGCUCCCGAUUGCGGGACCGGUGAUGGUAAGAUUAGACCUGUCAGGGCAUAUGGGCGGAAACGAAAAGAUCAUUAAAUGCCUUAGUGUAUGCUUAUACUUCCUGCCUAUAGGUGACUGCAUAGUUACGUUUCACUUUUCUUCUAAAGUCGUAUUUUUUUUUUAGACCUAACUGCAAUGGUGGACACGAAAAGGCCAUUGAGCUGGAUUGUCCUUGUGUGCUUAUUCUUCAUGUGUAUAGGUGACUGGAAUAAGCAUGCAAAAUGUUCUACUAAUUGGGGAGAAUCUUGGUGGCUGUGCAUCUAUUUCUGGAUCAUUGCUUGGGGAGAAUACUGGCUGUCAAUGUGUUUGUUGUCAAGAAAUUGAUAUUUUGGAGAAAACCCAUAAGGCGUAUUGUAUUUAUUGAUGUAUUAGGAAGUUUUUCUGCACUUGGAGUUUUGAUUGCAAUUUGACAAAUGUCUGGAUUGGUAUUCAUUUGAA